CAGGGAAAAGAAGACAGAAAAUAUCUGUCUGGGAAUGAUGGGGGCAACAGAGGGCAUAGUGGGAUGGGUGUUUUCAGAGCAGAAUGUAAGGCAGUCAAAACAGCAAAGAUGGGGAGAAGAUAGGCAGAUGGGGAAAGUUACAGCACCUCUGAGAUCUUAUGUGGGCAGGCUGCCAAGGGUUAAAAUUCUGAUCAUGUGAGCAUGGAGGGGGCAUAACGUUUGAGAAUUAGUCAUAAAUACCAUUCAUUCAGCACUAUUCUAACUUCAAAUGGUUGCUGAAUGAAUGAUCAUGAUGGUUACCAGGCACACAUUUAUAAAAGUAAUAAUUUGAAGCUCAAGUACUUCCAAAAUCCUCCCCUCUCUCAAUAUGUUCUGGCAAGAAAAAAUGGAUGAGAAUAUUUGAUUUGUGCAACUCUACUGAAUGUGCUCAAGAGUAAUAGGAAUGAUUUACAGGCUCAAGAUAAUAAAGAAGAUUUGGUGCUUUUAUUUUCCAUACAAUAGUUUUUGUUAUGUAUUUAUUAAACUUAUAUGCUGCCCACAUCACUGUCCAAAGACUAUUAAUUGGGGGGGAGCUGUUUGAGAACCAUGUCCUGACAUCUACCGGUACUAACAUAAAGCAUUUAACAUACUGCCACCUGCUGCAGGCACACAAAAUGACAGUUCUUUUACACAAGAAUAAUUUACAGGGUUUUAGAGAUCUAAGUGGAUUGUUCUCCACCUAUAACACACUUGUGUUUAUAUCUCAUGUCUAUUCACACACACACACAGAGAGAGAGAGAGAGAGAGAGAGAGUAGAGAUUAAGAAAGAAAAAUGGAAAAAAUGAGUGCAUUGUAUUGCUCAUGAAUUUAUUAUACCGAUAACUUGACAGUUCAUGGACAAUCUAGGUUACAAGUUACAACUGCUUUAAGUGUCAACUAGUUAACAGAAAAGUUCAUAAUUCUCUUCCCAAAAAAUAAUAAAAUUUUGUUAUUUAAUCUCUCAACCUUCUCUGCAAACCAAGAGUUAAGAUAGAUGCUCUCCAUGCUUUUAUCAGCCUGCCAUUUAGUCAAAAGAGCUAAAAGCAGAAAGCAAAAACCCUCAUGGCCCCAGAAACAUGCAUCCCAUUCCAGUCACAAAAUUAUCCAAGUAAUUCAAAUACUUAUGGUGUCAGGAUCUACUGAGUUAUCAUUAAUUUCCCAAAUGUAGGAACAACGUUGGGACUUUUUUGAGCCUAAUGGUAACACACUGCUUAGAGAAAGGUAACUACUGAAACUGUUCACUGAACCACAAAGAAUGUUACAAAAGCUUUCUGUAUUAAAUAUGUGUACAAGAGUUCUACACAAAGUAUUAUCGUAGAACAUUAUACAUUUUUUCGUCUUUCGACUUCGCUUUCCAAAUAUUACAAAAAAGUAAGAUACACGUGGCCUGCAAACGACCCAGCAGUUUUUUUUUAACUUAGUAGUGCUACGUAACCGUUUAUGAAUCGAAAAUUUAGCAUCUUCGAAAUUUGCAAGGUAUCCUUGUGCAUUCUCAAGUAAUAUUUCCAGCGCAAAUAGCAUUUUUGAAGGAUACCCUGUUUUGGUAGGUUAUUAAUUAGCAAUCGCCAAGUCCACGUGAAAAAAAUAAACUUUUUUUUUGUUCAUUUAUUUAUAAUGCUGGGAGAGGGGAGGAGGAGCAGGCUCAAAACUCCGCUUAAUUUAAGGCCUGAAUGUAUUCAACAUCCGGCCCUGCUUCAACUUUUAUUACGUGCACAAAGCUCAGCGCUUAUCUUGCACUUGUGGGUCGCCCCGUUUGCGGUAUUCAAGAACGCAGCCACACUCGCGCCCCUCCAUCCUUCCCAAUUCGCACGCUCUUGCACCCGCCGAGCAGCAGCCGCUCCCCGAAGCUGACGGCCCCCUAGUCCGGAGCGAACUUGGCUGCAACUCCACCCCCUCGACGUCCGUCGGUACCGGAAGCUGCGCGUUUUGGAGGCGCAAAGCCCUCGGAGCGGUGGGCAGACAUGGAGUGCGUCCGGGUUUUGAGGCAGCGGCUGCGGCCUGGCGUGUACUGUUUGUUUGGCAGGCGGCUCUGCUGUAGCUGCAGCCACCGCUAUGGUCUUCUCCUGGGAGGGAGCUCGUGGCGCUCUCCAGGUGCGGCGGGUGGUGCGCCGCUUGGCUGCAACUUCGAAAAAUGCCGGUGGCGCCGAAGUGGCGGACAGACCUUUCUACUUUGCGCAUAUGCUCUUUCUCGGCACUGCAGCACAGAGGUGACUCAGGCUACUUUAGCCAGUGUGGCACCAGUGUUUUCAGUGAUGAAAUUUGAUACAGAAGGCAAUGUUACCUCCUAUGAAAGAAAGAAAACAGAACUACAUCAGGAACUAAAUCUUCAAGCACGGGAUCUACGGUUUCAACAUCAAGUAAAUAUAACACCUAGGAACAACAAAAUUAUUAUGAGAAUGGAGUUUUUGAAGGCUGUGAUAACACCAGAGUAUCUUCUGAUCCUAGAUUAUCGCAAUUCAAAUCUGGAAAAAUGGCUGUUCCAAGAACUGGCAUCUCAGCUAGCUGGAGAAGGUCAACUAGUUACAUAUUCUUUGCCUUUUGAAUUCAGAGCUAUAGAAGCAAUACUGCAGUUUUGGAUCAGCUACCUGACUGGCAAACUUAGCCAUCUGCAGCCUCAAAUUCUUGAAACGCUGAAUGCUUUAGUGGACCCUAAGCUUUUGUCCCUGGAUAGGAGUAAAGUCCAUAUCUUACUGCAAAAUGGAAAGAGUUUGUCAGAAUUAGAAACUGAUCUUAAAGUUUUCAAAGAGACAAUAUUGGAAAUCCUAGAUGACAAAGAAGUCAUGGAAGAACUGUGUCUGACUAAAUGGACAGAUCCAGAAGUAUUUGAGGCAAGUCUUUCUGGAAUUGACCAUGUGGAGGAGAUGGAACUGCUGUUGGAAAAUUACUACAGGCAGGCAGAAGAUCUUAUGAAUGAAACCCGGGAACUUAAAAUACUGAUUGAUGAUUCUGAAAGUAUCAUCUUUAUCAACUUAGACAGCCACCGCAAUGUUAUGAUGAGGUUAAACCUGCAGCUGACCAUGGGUACUUUUUCAAUCUCACUUUUUGGAUUGAUAGGAGUAGCAUUUGGUAUGAAUUUGGAAUCAUCAUUUGAAGAGAACCAUGGAAUGUUUUGGCUGGUGACAGGAAUUAUGUUCCUAGGCAGUGGCUUAAUUUGGCGGCGCCUGCUUACAUUUCUUGGGCGGCAUCUAGAACCGUCAAUGCUUCCACCAAUGCCAACUUUAUUGAAAAAAGCGCAGACAGCCAAUGGAAAAGUAGAGUUUAAAAAUGUUUUCAAAACAGAAUCCUUUGAGUCAAGCAGAAGUACAAUGACCAGCCAAUGACAUGAAUACGCCAGGAUAACUUGAACUUGAGACUAUCAUCCUGGAUUUCGUUUUUUAAAAAAAUGUAGCAGCCUUUACCAUUUGACUGUGUUAUAUCCCAAAAAUAAGAAGUUAAAAAUCUUCAGUAAUGGAGAGAAGACUUCAGAGUUUUGAAUACUACAGUAGAAAAUUUAAAUCAUGUAAAUGUUAAAAAACAACCUUUUUUUCUUUAACUAAUGCUUUCUGUGGGAAUUCUGAUAAAAUUUAACCUUUUGCCAAUAUAAGAAAACCAUGUCAACCAUAAUAAUUGUUUUACAUGUAUUCCUUCACAGGCAUAGUUCAUAGAAGGCAAAAAUGUUGUCUAAAUUCUUUCUAAAGAGUAAGAUAUAUUUAUGUAAAAAUAGUGUUAUCUCUGAUAACAAAUUCUUUUUUUGAAAAUAAUAUACCAGAAUGUUAAUUUCAUGUUCUAUUGUUUAGAUUUAGUAUUUUGUAAAGAUAGUUUUAUUGCUAACUCUUCAGUUAUUGGAUUCCGAAAGGUAAAAAGCUUAUUUUACUCAGUUUUAUAUUUCUGUCAUAGCUACCAAAAAUAGAGUUACUAGUACUGUUUUAGGAGAAAGCUCUCCCUUUUUAAGGAGGCUUCGUUUGUUUGAGAAGUUUGUGGAGCCUCCUUAAAAAACAGCUUUCCAGAUUGUUGAGGCACUCCAUGCUCCUCUUAACAACCUGCACAUUCAUUUAAUGAUUGCAUUGGUGAGAGCAGGAAUAGGGUUCGUUAAGUGAGACACUCAAUGGCUGUCAUGGCAUGUCACCAUAAUGGGCAGGUUCCGUUAUGGUUGUAAGUCAAGAGUUAUCUGUACUUUUAUCUCAAUGCAGCAUCAGUCUCAUGACAGCUGUUGUAAUAUGACUCUAUUCAGAAUGGUUCCAAAAUGCUACUCAGUCAGAAAAACAGUACUUACUGCUUGCUUUGCAUCAGAGGCAAAUUAAUAAAUCAGCCAUUGUGUAGAUCAUUUAACUUAAGAUGGUAUGUUAAUUAUUAUCCUAAAUAGUAUCAAGAAAACCUGAUUCACAGUAGACAAAAUUGGGAAUGAAUUGGUUUGGAGGAUAAGCUGCAAUAGUAUUAGCUUGGGUCCUUCAUUUAUUGCAGGAUCCCAUCUGGGUUGGUCACCAGGUCUAGAGGUUUCAUCUCUGAGCUUUUGGACUUGUGCUGGACCCUAUCCUCGGGGAACUUCUCUCUCACCAGAAUGCAUGAAUAGGGUCCAGCACAAGUCCGAAAGCUCAGAAGACUAAACCUCUAGUCCUGGUGACCAUCCCAGAUUGGAUCCUGCAACAUUAUCCUGAGACAUGUAUAUUUGUCUUGACUUAUUGUCCGUACGGAUUAACAACAACAAGUCUGAAUUUUGAGUAGUUUUUUUGUAUUGCCAUCUGUUAUUUGAUCCUUUUAACUAGAAGUGUUAGGGAUCAAGCCUAGGGCUUUCUGUACAUGAGCUAUAGAAAUUAUUUAACGGCGUAGUUGGAAUAUUGAGCCAGCUUCUGAAAUUUACUGAAUUUAUCCAAUAUUGGUUCUCUAAUGUUAGAAAGGAUCAUGCUUAGAGGAUGUACAAACUCCUAUCACUGGACAAUUAAUUUGGACUGGAAAUAUGCUAGGUAGCUAUCUGUUCUGGAGGAAAAACAUUUUAAUACCUUGCAUUCUCUCCAGGUUGUCAUGUCAAUAUGAUUAGCCAUGAAUCAUGGCUAGGGGACAGUUUUCAACAACUGAGCAAGAUAGCAAACUUAAGUUUGAUGCAAUGGAGGACAAAUGAGUUAUCAGUAAUAAAAAAUAUUCUUUAAAUAGCUGUUAGCCUGAGACAGUUUCUCUUAAAGGUCACAAAGUUCUGGAGCCUCAACUCAUUUAUUUAUAGAAGUAUUGUUAACACUACUUAAUGUAUAAAGUUAUAAUGAUAGAGAUAAAGAGAAAAUCUGUUUUACUGAUGCUGUUAACUCAACAUUUAGGAUUCUUCUUGACUUUGUUCUCCAAUAUACCAAAUCCAAGUCUGUUGGAAUAUUUUUUUAAAAAAUAAGACUAUAUCUGUUGUCAUGCAACUGUUAAAAUAACUAAUAACCAAAAGCUGCAAAAGAUUUAGAAAAACUUCCUCUCAUUAUUCCAUUUAACAUGAAUAUCUUAAAAAAUACACUAAUUUUAAGAGGCAUGAUUAACUUCUUAAAAGGUUUAGUAUUGUUCACAUACUAAGUCAGGAGCAGAUUUGCUAUGCAGGAAUUACUGGUGCACAAAACUCAGGAUUACUUCAUUGAAGAGGUUCUUUGAAGCACAAAAUGAUAAUCAGAAGGUGUAAAGAAAAAGCCUUCCACUAAGUCGGGCUUUAGUUGAACUUCUUUCAGCAGCUACAACAACUUCAUUCUGUCAAGGCAGAAAGCAGGUAUUAAUACUCUGCAUCCUAAGGAAAAAACUAUAUCCUGAAAUUUUUGUGACAAGGUUAUUUUGUUGACUGGAAAAUGACAGCCAGAAUUUUCAGCCGGCAUGGCCUUCUAGGAAUUGGGGAAAUUACACUUUCCGCACAUCUGGAGGGCACUAAAUUACUUUAAGAACCAAUUUGGUCUAGUGAUUAAGGCAGUGGAGUUCUAGUCCUGCCUUAGGCACAAAGCCAGCUGAGUGAUUUUGGGCCAAUCACUCUCUCUUCAGACCUAGGAAACAGGCAAUGGGAAAUCAUUUCUAAACAAGCUUGCUAAGAAAACUGCAGGGAUUUGUCCAGGCAGUCAUCCAAGAAUCAGACACCAUUGAACGGAAGAUUAAAAAGUCAGAUUGGAAAGCUUCCAUUAAAUGCUAAAUGAUCAGGAAAAAAAGAUGUAGCUAGCAUGGAGUUUUUUCUACAAAUGAUUUUGGUUUUCUGUGAGUUGAAACAGUCAAUUCUGUAUGUUUCCUUUACUAGUAAUAAACAGCAAAUGAUUUUCAA